AAUAACAUGAUACUGCUUAGAAAGUACUCCAGAGGCUCUUUUGUGCGCAACAGAGUGACAAAGGCAGAGGGAAACUAAGGAGACAGUGAACAUAUUCUGGGUCAUUUAUUGAAGACAGAGCGAUCUUGUGUUCCUGUGACCUCACUGUGUUCUCCCACAGCAACAGCCAACCAGCCUCAGUAGUGAAGGUAGAGACUGAAGCAAACCACAGAGCUUCUCACCGGACGUCUACUGCAGCAGAAAUCAUCAGCUGGAAAAAUGGGGUGUUUUGGAUUCCUCAAAGCCAUGAUGGUUGCUUUUAAUGGCAUCAUCUUCCUGGCCGGGGUCGCCAUCCUAGGUGUGGGGAUCUGGGUGAAGGUAGACAGCGGCUCCAUCUUCAGCUUCCUCGGGAAAAUCGAUAACGUUCCUCAGGAAAUCCAUCAGGUGCUCAACGUGGGAUACCUGCUGAUCGCCAUCGGUGGCCUGCUAGUCGUCAUCGGCUUCCUGGGCUGCUGUGGGGCCAUCAGGGAGAGCAAGUGCAUGCUGCUGCUGUUUUUCAUGAUAGUCUUGCUGGUUUUCAUCGCUGAGGUUGCGGGAGCGGUGGUCAUUCUGGUUUUCAGACCUCAGGCUGAUGCACUGUUUGAAAAGAUUGGCACAGCAGCAGUUGCUAACAUCAAGAAAGACUUUGGCAGCAGUUCUGACAUUACUGGACUGUGGAAUACCACCAUGGGCACGUUAAAAUGUUGUGGAUUUUACAACUACACAGACUUUACGGAAUCCCCGUAUUAUACGGCGCACAACAAUUCCUAUCCACCACACUGCUGCCCGGACAGCAGCCCAUGUAAUGGAACUGUGGCAAUUGAAAAAAACACAGAUGGGUGCUUCCCAAAGAUCAAGAUGUUGAUUGAUAAAAACACAGUGGUGAUUGUCGGCGCUGGUCUCGGGAUCGCCGCUCUGGAGAUCUGUGCCAUGAUCGUCUCCAUGACGCUCUACUGCAGGAUAAAAUCCACCAGGGCCUAACGAGGAGCAGGAAGUCCUUCCUCUUCCUGCCUCAUCGGGGGAAACACCUACUGCAGCGUCAGGUCUUGUGCAAUCGAGGACAACUGAAUGAUAUUUUUUUUACUACAUCCUGAUUUAUGAAGUAAAUUUAAUUUAUGGAUCUAAAAUAUUGAUUUUCUGAGAAAUCAUCAUGAAAUCCCACUUUCCAUUGUGUAUAUAUGAAAGAGAGCUAAAGCAUUAAACACGUAUCCAGCUGUUGGGGAAUUACAUGAUGCAGUUUCUGUAAUAAUGAAGCAAAAGCUGGUUGUUGUGCUUUAGAGGUGAAUGAUGUCUGAGAGCUUCCUGUAUAAUAAAUGUAGCCCAGCAAUAGUUGUUUAUUUGAUGUAAAUUGAUUCGUAUUUGCAAUAAAUCAUAUAUUUACAUGUAAA